AUGGAGGGAGAAGAGCUUUUGUUGGAUGCUAUAAAUGAAGAAGGCGAAUUUGAAAACAUGGAAGAUGUUGACAUGGUUGAUGUGGAAGAAGGCGAGAUUGUUGUGGAGAAUGACUUGAAUGAUGAAGUCAGAGAUAAAGAAGGGGUCGUGGAUAAGAAGAAUGGACAGAAUCAACCAAACAAGAACAAGAAUAAGAAGAAGAAAAAGAAAAGAACAAACGGCCUUGUGAUUGGGAAACCCAUGGGUUUAUACAGGUUUAUAUGA